UUUAUGCAUUUUAUGUUAGAGAUUUCAAUGAGAUUUUUUAAUUUAUUACAUUAAUUACAAUAAUUAUUUAAUGACUUGAGAACUUAAAAGUAUUAUGCUUUCAAAAUUACACUAAACAUCAAAAUGUUAAGUCUGGGUGUGAUAUUGGUAUAGAAAUUGUACCUGUACGUUACAUCACCUUGAACAGAAAAGGUUAUAAACAAUAUAAAUAAACAUGAAUCGUAGUCGUAUUUUAUCAAAAAUAUUUUGGCGCCAUAGACCAUUCAGUCAGAUUGAUUAUGCAAGACCAUGCUCAGUUACACUGGGCACAAAUCCUUUAAUAAUAAGAGAACAAUGCACGGUAAUACUGAAGGACAGUUAUAUUAAGAAAUUUAUGAAAGCUGUGGGAUGGAUGGAUCAAGAAAGAACUCGUCUCAAACUUACUGGAUAUUUUCUCUAUGAAUGUGUGCCAGACAAAGUGGCAUACGCUGAGUGGUUUGAGGAUCUUGAGCUUCCAGACACGUUUGCCUCGUGGUUCAUGAUCACAGAGUUGCAUGUAUGGCUCUUGCUGGUGAGGUAUAUGGCAGAGGAUGCCAUGGCAACAGGCACAGAUAAGAAAAAGUAUGUGAAAGGUGAUGGACAUUUUGUGAGAAACUGUAUAAUUGAAGCAUUAUGGGCAGAUGUUGGAAAUAGGAUAAAGCUACUGGAGGGAGCAAACCCAGCUAUAGCAAGAAACCAAGUGACAGAAUUAUCGGAACAGUUCCAAGCAUCCUUAGUAGCUUAUGAUGAGGGUCUUUCUGAUGAUAAGGUCUUAGCCGGCGCCGCCUGGAGGAGGUUCUAUUCUCUCUCUGAAGAUGUUAAAGCUGAACAUGUAGCCAGGAUUGUUCAUUUUAUUAGACAUCAGUUAUCUAUUUUGGACAAAAUACCAAGUGAAGACUUACGGUGGAAACCACAAAUCGAUUGGUUAAGUAUACGUAAUCAUUGAUAUUAGCUGUAUUUUUUUUUGUUAUUUAGAAUAUUCUAGGGUUGUUAAUAAAUUAAGUGAAAUUAUUCAAUAUUUAAAUAUAUUUUUAUUUAUAAAACAAUAUCCUAAACAAUGUAGGUUCAAGACGAAGAAAAAAGGAAAUAAAUUAAACAGCAAUAGAAAAACAUAAGAUAACAUUGAUGUACAUAAUAUGAUAUCAAAAAAUUACAAACUAAGCCAUAAUAACAUGAAAGUAAAACUCCACAACAUUUAAAGUACAGAUAAGCUGAAAAUAAAGUAAUAAGUAAUUGAACAAUUCGUAAAAUUCACAAGGAAUUAUACUUUAUUUGAUGGAAUGUUUAUAAAUACAAAUAGACAGGUUAUUAUUGUCAAAUGGGUCCUCAAAACAAGCA